AUGUUGAACAAAAAUUGGGUGAAACUAAACAGAGCUACAAAAGAGUACACGGAUGCGGCAUGGGACUUUGUGAAAAUGGUAGAAAGAAAUUAUGGUUUUCCAAAUAAAAUUAUCUGUCCUUGUAAGAAGUGUCGAAACUUAAAUCAUCAUUGUGUUGAUGAUGUUUUUGAGCACUUAGUUAUAACCAGAAUGGAUCCAACUUAUCGUAUUUGGGUUCACCAUGGAGAGCAACCCAUUGAUACUCAAGUUGACGAAGUUUCGAAUGAUAUGGAUGCAUUUGAUUUAUACACGACUGCUGCCAUGGAUGAUGUGGACAAUAAUAUAGGUUGUGGAGGUGGUGAAGACGAUGAAUUUGUUAACGAAGAUCUUCAAAAGAAGUUGGAGGAUGCGGAAACUCCUUUAUAUGAAGGGAGUGAGAAAUACACAAAACUUUCAUCAAUUGUAGCUUUAUAUAGGUUGAAGAAUCUGAAUGGUUGGACAGACAAAAGUUUUACAAAGCUUUUAGAACUCCUUUGUGAUAUGUUUCCCAAAAACAAUGUACUUCCUGAUUCCAUGUACUCAGUUAGGAAAUUUUUGAGAAAUUUCGAUUUGAAAUAUGAAAAGAUUGAUGCUUGUAUUAAUGAUUGUUGCUUAUUUAGAAAGGAGAAGGCUAAAAUGGAUGUUUGUCCUAAGUGUAGUGUUUGUAGAUGGAAAGUUGAUAAACACACAAAUAAUGUUAAAGUUGGUGAGGCUGCCAAAGUUUUGAGGUAUUUUCCGAUAAUACCCCGAUUGAAAAGAUUGUUUAGAUCAAAAGAAAUGGCUGAAAACUUAUGGUGGCAUUUCACUCAUAAAAGUUUUGAUGGGAAGAUGCGACAUCCAGUGGAUACACCUGCUUGGGAUUCUAUUAAUGAAAGAUGGCCAGAGUUUAAUCUUGAACCACGCAACCUUAGGCUCGGACUAGCUACUGAUGGAAUUGACCCCUAUAAAAGUCUAAGCUCCACUUAUAGUUGUUGGCCAGUGAUGCUUGUUAUCUAUAAUUUACCACCUUGGUUGUGCAUGAGGGACGAAAAUACAUUUUUGUCAUUAUUGAUUCCAGGUCGUAAACAACCUGGAAACGAUAUUGAUAUUUAUUUGGAGCCUCUUAUUGAAGACUUAAACAAAUUGUGGAAUAAUGGAGUGCAUACUUAUGAUGCAUUCGACAAAAGCUUCUUCAAUUUGAAGGCAAUGUUGUUGUGGACAAUAAACGAUUUUCCUGCAUAUGGAAAUCUUGUUGGGUGUACAACCAAAGGCAAGACAGCUUGCCCGAUUUGUGGUAAUGAUACAUGUGCAACUAGGCUGAAACAUAGUAAAAAAAUUUCAUACCAAAAUACUAGGAGAUUUCUCCCGUUUGAUCAUCCAUAUCGGUCUAAGAAAGCAUGGUUCAAUGGAGCUACAGAAGAAAGAGCCCCCUCUAAAGUUUUGAGUGGCAGUGAAAUUGUUGAAGAACUAAAUCAAAUUACCAACGAUUUUGGAAAAAAUAUGAAUCCCAAAAAAAGGAGUCGGGAUAAUAAGGUGGAAGGAAUGUGGAAGAAGAAAUCUAUAUUUUUCAAUCUACCAUAUUGGGAGGUUUUGUUAGUUCGUCAUAAUUUGGAUGUUAUGCAUAUAGAAAAAAAUGUGUGUGAUAGUAUUAUUAGCACAUUGUUGGACUUGAAUGGAAAAUCCAAAGAUCAUCUUAAUGCUCGAUUGGAUUUAAAGGAUUUGGGUAUCAAGAAGGCCUUGCAUCCGGUGGAGAAAGAUGGGAUUAUACGACUUCCAGCAGCUACUUACACACUUUCUAGAUCAGUGAAGAAAAUGUUUUGCCAAAGGUUAUUUGAUUUAAAGUUACCUGAUGGUUAUAGCUCAAACAUUAGUAACUGUGUAGUAGUUGAGGAACGUAAGUUGAUGGGGCUUAAGUCUCAUGAUUUCCAUGUCUUAAUGCAACAAUUGCUGGUAGUGGCCAUUCGAGGAUUGAUGGAGGAUGGUCCAAGAGAGGCAAUUAUAAGACUUAGCAAAUUUUUUAAUGGAAUAUGCCAACAUGUGGUUGACGUAAAAGAAAUCAUAGAAUUGGAAGUAGAAGUAGUUGAAACAAUUUGUAUGUUUGAAAGAUAUUUUCCUCCUUCAUUCUUCGACCUUAUGGAACAUUUAGUUGUUCACCUUGGACGAGAAGUGUUAUUAUGUGGUCCUGUUCAAUUUCAAUGGAUGUAUCACUUUGAAAGAUAUAUGAAGUUACUUAAAGGGUAUGUGAUGCAACCUACACAUCCCGAGGCAUCUAUUGCUGAACGUUACAUUGUAGAUGAGUCAAUGCGCUUUUGUGCAUCAUUUUUGAAACAAUCUAAUGACGAAGGUUCCUUCAUUGGACGUAACGAAUAUAAUGAUAGUGAUGUGAUACUUGAAGGUCAUCCACUUCAUCGUGGUGUAACUGUUACACUAAAUGAUAAGGAUCUAGCUAGUGCACAUCGCUAUGUAUUAUUCAAUUUAGCUGUCACAGAGCAAUAUUUAGAGUGA